AUGGUGACGCUGGAGUCGGGCACGGAGUGCUACGACGUGGUGGACACGCUGGGCAAAGGCACCUUCGGGGAGGUGGCCAAGAGCUGGCGGAGGAGCACGGGCGAGAUGGUGGCCAUCAAGAUCCUGCAGGACGACGGGCACCGCAGACGCGUGGUGCGCAACGAGCUGAAGCUGCUGCGGGCCAUGGGCGCGCUGGACGCCGACGCGGCGCACAUCGUGCGCUUCCUCGAGGCCUUCCACGACGGCGCCAAGUGCUACCUGGUCUUCGAGCUGCUCGAGCAGAACCUCUUCGACUUCCAGAAGGAGCACGACUUCUCGCCGCUGCCCGUGCGCCACAUCCGCACCAUCACGGCGCAGGUGCUCACGGCGCUGGCCAAGCUGCAGGAGCUCGCCAUCAUCCACGCCGACCUCAAGCCGGAGAACAUCAUGCUGGUGGACCACGCGCGCCACCCGUUCCGCGUGAAGCUCAUCGACUUCGGCUCGGCCAGCAUCCUGAGCGAGGUGCGCUCCAUCCCGGAGCCCUACAUCCAGUCGCGCUUCUACCGCGCGCCCGAGAUCCUGCUGGGGCUGCCGUUCUGCGAGAAGGUGGACGUGUGGUCGCUGGGCUGCGUCAUGGCCGAGCUGCACCUGGGCUGGCCGCUCUACCCGGGCGGCAGCGAGUACGACCAGGUGCGCUACAUCUGCGAGACGCAGGGGCUGCCGCGCGGCGCGCUGCUGCAGGCGGCCCGCAAGGCGCCGCGCUUC